AUGUUGCUUGGCAAUCACGACAACAUUGUCGUAGAUGAGAAUAUGAAAGUUACAAUUGCAUUCAACCACUUUGGACCGGGUCUCAUCGAGAGAAUUCCUAGGGUGAGGAGAGGGUUUGCGCAUGUAGCAAACAAUAGAUACAAUAAAUGGCUAAAGUAUGCGCUUGGAGGAAGUGCCGAUCCAACCAUUUUUAGUGAAGGCAACUACUUUCUUGCUCCUGAUGACCCUAGCAAAAAACAGGUGACAAAGAGACUAGAGAGUGGAAAUGAUCGUAGCUGGAAAUGGAUUUCUUCAAAAGACGUUUUCUUGAACGGAGCUUACUUUGAGCCGUCUAUCAACGGAAAAGUCACGCAGGUGUACGAAGGAGAAGAGGAGUUUCCGGUGUACGAUGGCUCUCUCGUCCCUAAUCUUACUUCUGCCGCAGGUCCUCUGAGUUGCUACUCCGGCAGGAUCUGCUGA